AUGCCUCUAGACUUUGUUUGCCUGUCAAAAAGGCACACAGGUGAGUACUUGGCCAACACUGUCCGCCUAGUUGCUGAGAAAUUUGGAAUUCAAGACAAAAUAUGCGGCAUCGUGAGCGACAAUGCAAAGAAUAACGAAGUGAUGGUACGGGAUCUCAAGAAGCUCAAGUGGCCUCGAUUCCAUGGGGACGCUCAAUGGAUCCGAUGUUUCGCGCACAUCCUCAACUUAAUUGUCCAGGGGAUUCUUCGGCCGUUUGGGAGUCACAAGAAGGAUGCAAAAGAUCGAGGACCGAUGGGUGCUGGCGAUGAUUCAGAUGGGUCAAUUUCUGAACAAGAAGAUCCUGAAGAUCAAAUCAGAGUGCUUCCUCGUGGCCGCCAGGAUAAUUCCGCCACCUCAGCAGGUGAUAAUUUAAGUGAUGAGGAAUCAGUGUACGGAGCAGAUGUGGAUGACGAUGAGUCACUUGAUGAGGCCAAUAUUGACAAUGCUAGCGAAGAGGAGGAGGAGGAUUGCUACACAUCCAUUUCUUGUAAACAGACUUUGGCGAAGUUCUGCGCAAUUGCAAAGAAGUUGAGGUUCUCUCCAGCUUCCAAGGCUGAAUUCCACAAGAUCUGUCAACAGAAGAGGUGUGAAAAACCACACAACAUCGAACGAGAUGGACGAACUCGAUGGAACUCUACAAGUAUCCAAAUCAACAGCAUCAUCAGAUGUCAAGCAGCUAUUCUUGAGUGGCAGCGCCACAAAACGUAUGGGAUCGACCGUGUGCAUUAUUUGGAUCAGUCAGACCUGGACUUAGCUCGCGAUCUAGCCAAGGUCCUCAACCUGUUUCACAAGAUCACACUUCAGAUAUCCAAAGCAGGCUCAGCUCGAUUGUCAAACAUAGUAAUAUUUAUCGACCAAAUCACUGAUCACCUCUCGACAAUCAUCAGUGAUUCAAAUUACCCACCUGCAUUGAGGAAUGCCUGCCGAGUAGGAUUAAAGAUAACAAAUAAAUACUACAGCUUAACUGACACCUCACCACUUUACAGGAUAGCAAUUUUGUUGCACCCAUUGUUCAAAGACGAGUACUUCAAGCUAGCAAAAUGGGAACCCGAAUGGAUAGCCGAAGCAAUACGCCUAGCUCGUGAAAUGUGGGUAUCAAAUUACAAGCCCCGGCCAAUCACUCCUGCCUCCUCUUCUCCAACUACUAGCUCAAAGCCCAUAACUCUUACGCUUGCCAGCCUUGGAAGAGCAGCUGCCGCCCGCGGGGGAGAAAACUCAUCCGAUGCAUUCGACAUGUGGCUCGCCGGUGGACUUGUCCUGAAUGGUAAUGACCCAGUGAAUCCACUGAAGUGGUGGAUGGAACAGAAGCGUUCUGGUAACUCACACGGAGGCCUUGUGCAUAUGGCGCUAGACGUUUUAGGCUGCCCAGCAACAUCCGUGGAUGUUGAGGGUAUGACGGUGGCCUUCUACUCCAAGAACUCCAAAAUCAAAGAAGGUACCUUGGCUGCAUGGAAACAGGGACUCAACAAUGACACAAAGUCUAGGCAGAAAUCCAAAAGGAAGGUGAUAGUUUUGGAUGACAAUGAUGACUUGUCCAAUUAA